UAAUGGCUCUCGCUGCUCUGGAAGAGUGGAGGUUCUUCAUGGUGAGAGCUGGUUCACAGUGUGUGAUGCUGACUUUAACCAGCAGGAUGCAGAGGUUGUGUGUCGAGAGCUGGGCUGUGGUUCUCUUGUGGAGGUUCUGGGAGCAGCUGCUUUUGGUAGAGGGGAGGGUCCGGUGUAGUCAGAGGAGCUUCAGUGUAGAGGAAACGAAUCACAGAUUCACUUCUGUCCAAAAUCAUCUUCACUCAAACACAACUGCUCCCAUGAUAAUGAUGUGGGACUGGUGUGUUCUGACAGUGUGAGGUUGGUGGAUGGUGGGAGCCGCUGUGCUGGGAGAGUGGAAGUUCUUCAUAGAGGACAUUGGGGAACAGUGUGUGAUGAUUACUGGGAUAUGAGAGAUGCUGCAGUGGUGUGUAGAGAGCUGGGCUGUGGGGAAGCCAUAGAUGCACCACGGAGAGCUCGCUUUGGAUCAGGAUCAGGACCGAUCUGGGUGGAAUAUGCUAACUGUGCUGGAUCAGAGUCUUCACUGAAGAACUGUAGGUCGUAUGAUUGGGGUAGACAGAGAUGUAAUCAUGAUGAAGACGCUGGUGCUGUUUGUGCAGAAGUCAGAUUGGUGGGCAGAUCUCGCUGCUCUGAGAGAGUGGAGGUUCUUCAUGGAGAGAGCUGGAUCACAGUGUGUGAUGCUGACUUUGACCAGCAGGGUGCAGAGGUUGUGUGUCGAGAGCUGGGCUGUGGUUCUCCUGUGGAGGUUCUGGGAGCAGCUGCUUUUGGUAGAGGGGAGGGUCAGGUGUGUUUAGAGGAGCUUCAGUGUAGAGGCAGCGAAUCACAGAUUCACUUCUGUCCAAAAUCAUCUUCACUCAAACACAACUGCUCCCAUGAUAAUGAUGUGGGACUGGCAUGUUCUGGUGACAAGCGAAGACUUGUUGGUGGUCCUCACGCAUGCUCUGGGAGUGUAGAGAAGCUUCAUCGGAAUUCUUGGCUUCCAGUGUGUGAUGCUGACUUUAACCAGCAGGAUGCAGAGGUUGUGUGCAGCUGGGAGCUGGGCUGUGGUUCUCCUGUGGAGGUUCUGGGAGCAGCUGCUUUUGGUAGAGCAGAGGGUCAGAUGUGGUCAGAGGAGCUUCAGUGUAGAGGAAACGAAUCUCAUAUGUACCUCUGCCAGACAUCUCCUUCCUUGAAACCCAACUGCUCUCACAACAAGGAUGUGGGACUAAGAUGCUCUGGUCACACUCAGGCUCGGCUGAUGAACGGCUCAGACUCCUGUUCUGGUCGAGUGGAGCUCCAGUACCUCAGUGAGUGGGGUACAGUGUGUGAUGUAAGCUGGGAUAUGAGAGCUGCCAGUGUCCUCUGUGCUCAGCUGAAGUGGGGGAGUUCUGUGGCUGUGUUGGGGUCAGACUGGUUUGGGGAGGGGAGUGGCCGGAUCUGGGCUGAUGUGUUUGAUUGUCAGGGAAACGAAACACACCUGUUAAAAUGUCCCAUUUCAUCAUGGAGUCGAACUGCAUGCUCUCAUGAACAGGAUGCUGGAGUUAUCUGUAGUGGUUCUUCUCUGGCGUCUCAUGAGGGAGGAGUGCGGUUGUCUGGAGGGAUGGAGUGUGAGGGGGAGGUAGAGGCAGGCAGGACUGGAGGAGAGUUCUGCUGGACUCCUGGAGUGAGUCUGAGGCCUCUGUGGUCUGCAGACAGCUGGGCUGUGGUUCUGUACUCAACAUCUCCAGCUCCUCUUCAUCCAGUCCUGAACACAGCUACAUGCGUGUGACGGGUUUCAACUGCUCUGGGAGUGAAGCUCAUCUGAGGAACUGCAGCAGCUCACAAGCAGUUAACUGCAGCUCCACAGUACAGCUCGACAUCACCUGCU